AUGGCCGAAGCGGCCUCUCAACAGCAGCCAUCGGGCGGCACGAUGCUAACGCCGGACGCCAUUGCAACCGUCCUUUCCUCCGCUUCGGCCUGGGCUGAUCCGGGAUCGGAGGACCAAAGCCGCGCGCAUAGGACGGCCUUGCUGGGCGACGUACUGUUCACGGCGCAGCAGCUGUGGAAUGCGGGCAGUGAGGAAAUUGAUGUCGUUGCGGAGAAGCUGGGUGACGGGAGCCGAGAUGCUUCUUGGAGACUGCCCUUGGGGAACUCGGGUGUCCUAGACUUCUUCCUCUCCAUCAUCUCCUCAGAUGGCCUGCGGCCAGCACUGAAGAAGCAUAUACUCCGUAUCAUUGGCAACUCAUGUGCCGACACUGACGAGAACCGUGAAAGGGUCAUCGCCUCCAACGCCAUCCCUUCCAUCAUCGGCUUUCUCGACGACGACACGGCGCUUCCCUUCGCCGUGCCCGUCCUCUACAACACACUCGUCGACUAUGAACCAGCUCAGGCCUAUGCCAGUGCCUCGUCCCUGACCAAACACCUUGUGGGCCUACUCGCCAGCACGCGGCUCGCAAACGCUCCGCACCUCGUCAGCAUCAUCGCCAAGAUCCUUGCUCUGCUAGCCACUCACGAAUCCGAGGCAAACCUCGCACCCCCGGAAACGCCGGCCAUCCUCCUCACGCUGGCCCUCACACCUACGACCGACGCCGAGGACUUUGUCUCCCUGACGGCCGUCGCCCUCGCCUACCUCACCCACGCGCCCAUCCAAGCGGCUCUUAUCGCCACAGGGUCCAUCCCAAUUCUCCUCGCGACCUUCUACCACCUCCAAACCCAGCUCGAAGCCAUCCAGGUCGAGGACGAGGACGCCGCUGUCCAACUCAGGGCCCUGCCGCAGUCCUUUGUGCAGAUCCUUGCCGACGUCUCCUACGCCGAGGACUUCACUCUCCACCACUCCCUCGGCUCCCCCGUCCUCGACACGCUCCAGUCAUGGCUGUCCCUCCCCAACCCUCACCUCCGCUCCGCCGCCUGUCUCUGCCUCGGCAACGUCGCCCGCUCUGACGAGGCCUCCUUCGCCCUCGUCCGGGACCAUGCCGUCCACGUCCCGCUCGUCGGCCUUCUCCGCGACGCGACCGAUUCCCUGCUGCUACACUCGGCGCUGUCCUUCCUCAAGAACCUCGCCAUCCCGUCCCAGAACAAGCCCGUCCUCGGCGACGCGGGGCUCUUUGACCCGGAUGUCCUCCCCCGCAUCUGGGCCCUCGACGUGAACCCCCAGGUCCAGUUCUCCGCAGUCUCUCUCACCCGCCUGCUCCUCGUUAACACCCCCUCCAACGUCCGCCGCCUCUGCGCGCCGCUGAGCCCGGACCCCCUAUCCCCUUCGCACGAGACGACGCAGCUCCACCGUCUCCUCGACAUCUUUUCCCGCACAGACGCCGAACACACAAAGACGGAGGCCGCCCGCGCCGCCGCCGUCGUCUGCCGCGUGCUCCACACCGCCCCGAUCCCCCCCGUCCUCCCCGACUGGAAAUCCUCCAAGGACAGCUACGUGUUCCGGCCCGAGAAGCCCCUUUCGCCCACGGCCGUAGCCGAGGCCGAGGGCGACGGCUGCACCAAGAGGCGAGAAAAGUUCUACCGCCAGCACGCGAGCCUGACCAGGGCCCUUGCCUUCCUCGUCACGCAGACGCGGUUCCCCGUGCUGCGCAGCGAGGCAUGGUUCGUCUUCGCGCUCAUGUGCCGUGCCCAGGACGGCGCCGACGUCGUCAUCCGCACGCUUCAGGUCACCGGUGCGUUCGAGGCGCUGACUGAGGCCAUCACGGGGCGGGCGUUCUCCGGGGAGGAGGCGCCGGCAGACGCAGGUCAGGCCGUCGUCGUCAGCGGCGGGGGCAACGCGGCGAUGGUGGAGGGUCUCGGACUGGAGCCGCAGCAGGCCGACCCAUCGCAGGCGGCGGGCAUGAAGAAGGUCGAUCGGGAGAACGGCCUAGUCAUGGUCUCGGAAUUGGUCAAGAAUCAUGCGGAUGAUCUGCCGGCCGCGAGGAGGGCGGCGUUUGAAGACAUGUUGAAGGAGGGAGGCGAGCUGCUCGUAGAUGAGAAGGGCAAGGGGAAGGCAUGA